GGAAGAAGGGCGACGCGUGGCCCAUGCUGGGCGCCGGGCUCAUCAUGGGCGGCACGCUGCUCACCGUGGGGCUGGGCGCGCUCGCCGCCAUGGCGGGCAAGGCGCUCAUGUCGGCCAUGCUGGCGCUCGGCAUGUCGCUCAUGUCUGCGCUGCGCGCGCCGCCGCGCCGCUGCCGCCGCUCGGACAACAACGGCUGCGGCAACAACGACGGCAACGACAACUACGAGAUCAUCGCCCGGCCCGUCAUCACGCACGGCCACACGCACUCGGCCGUGCUGCACCACGACCCCGGCGUGGGCGUGCCCACCUACCCGGGCUACGUGCGCAGCCUCGUGCAGACGCCGCCGGAGCACAUGCAGGCCUUCCAGGCGGGUCCGUCCACGACGGUGGACGUGACGGACUUCGCGCGCAGCGGCGCCACCCGGCUCGGACCCGCGGACUCCAGCGCGGACGGUGAGGACGAAGCGCGGGGCGCCGCCGCCGCGGCCCGGCCCAGGGUCAGGAGAGGACAGGAGCAUUAAAUUAUCACGCACCUUUGUUUCACCAGCGUGGC